AGCUGCACGCAAAAAUCAGGUCAAUCAAGGCGAGAAAAACACCGUAAAUCAAGGGCAUUCAAGGCAACUGGAGAAGAAGGAAAGAGAGAGAGAAGAUCGUUUGCGUUUGCUUUCGAGAAAGCUGUGCUUGCGGAUUCCAUCACUCGUUCUUUUUUUGGUGUAAGCAAGACGGCGCUACAGGUACCUUUGGAAUCGGAAGCUCUUUUGAUUCAUUUGGCAACUGCGCCGUAUAUAUACCGGCUGCUUCGAGGUCGAGCGGCAUGAAAUUUACUUUUGCCACCUGCAACCACAAACUUCAACUGGAAAGCCAAACAAGUUGGGCGAACCAGACACUGAUUCGCCCUCGCUUGCUGUCGACCGUGGAAAACCCUCACCGAACAACGACGCAACCACCAUCUCGCCUAGCGCCGUUCGUCUAUUGCAAUGGCAGAUAAAGAGGACCGAAACCCUUACUCAUACUCCCUGGGAGCGCAAGGAUUCUUUCCUUACAAUACUCCAGGAUCUCCAGCUCACACCAGCACAAUAACGCCAACGCCCUCAUCUCCAGCGUACGGUGGAGGUGCAUAUGGAAACCAGGGCCAAAUGUACUCCUCCAUACCACAUCGGUAUCCAAAUCACAUCCAUCUCGGGCAGAAACUGCCUGGGCACGUAUUGCAGUCUCCACAGCUCAACCAUGCGAUACCGACGUAUCAACAGCACCUUUCGCACGCUGCGACCACAGCUGUGCCAGCAAUCAACUCGGUGGGUGCGAGUGUCAGCGGCCAAGUCGCUGGGCCGCAUCAUCAAAAGCAGAUGGACUCCGUCAUACUGUCAAGGCAAGCUGCAUCUCCACAUCAUCACGCACGCGUCGCUGCGGCUGCUGCCCGAACCGGGAUGUCGAAUUCAGAGAGUAAUGGCAAUACCUCCUGCGUGGGCAGUACCGUCGACCCGUCAGCCAAGGCGUCGCAAUGGACCAUUAUCGACUUGGGAGGAAUGCAAAUGAAGAAUAUCAGCAGAAAUCUUUUCGGCUACACAUUUCUCACAACCCUCUAUCUGAAUCACAACGCGUUGGCCUCACUAUCGCCCGAAAUUGCAAAGCUGACCAACUUGGUGGUUCUGGAUCUAUCUGGAAAUCGCCUAUCGUCAGUACCGUCAGAACUGGGCAUGCUCGUCAGCCUACGGGAGCUAUUACUAUUUGACAAUGAAUUGACUUUCCUUCCGCCGGAACUGGGACAACUCUUUCAGCUCGAAACUCUCGGGUUGGAAGGCAAUCCACUCAAUGAGCCAGUGGGUUCAAUGAUUCAGAAGGAAGGGACGAAUGCGGUCGUCACCUAUCUGCGAGAGAUGUGCCCUGUUGGUCCACCUCCGGCUGAUCGUGAAUGGAUUCCCUUGGAAGAUGAGUACACAGCAGACUCGAAAGAUACCUUCACUGUCAUGUGUUACAACAUCCUUUGUGAAAAGUACGCAACUCCCCAAGCGUAUGCCUACACUCCGUCUUGGGCUCUCAACUGGGAUUACCGGAAAGAUCUUCUCCUGCAAGAUAUUCUAAACUAUAGUGCGGACAUCGUGUGCCUACAGGAAAUGCAAAUGGACCAGUAUGAAGAUUUUUUCCGAGAUCAAUUAUCGCAAUUGGGCGGCUAUGAAGGUGUCUUCUUCCCGAAGUCACGAGCGCGAACGAUGGCAGAGUACGAACGAAGACAAGUUGACGGAUGUGCGACUUUCUGGAAAGCCAACAAAUUUUUCCUCGUUGAGAAGCAUUGCAUCGAAUUUCAACAAUUCGCAAUGCAGAGGCCGGAGCUGCGGAAGGCGGAAGACGUGUUCAACAGAGUGAUGAUAAAGGACAACAUCGCAGUUGUGGCACUGUUGGAGAACAAGGAGACCCAUGGCCGUAUAUUGACCGCCAACGCACAUCUACAUUGGGACCCAUCGUACAAGGACGUCAAGCUCGUCCAAACUGCGAUGCUGAUGGAAGAGUUGGAGAGGUUGGGUAACACAUGGUCGCGGAAUGCACCAAAAGACGCAGCAAGAAAUUCGCAAGAUGUUGCACGGGUACCUCUUUUAAUAUGCGGAGAUUUCAACUCACUGCCAGAUUCGGGCGUAUACGAGUUCCUGUCGAGCGGUCGAGUACCUCAGGACCAUGAGGACUUUGGAACGUAUACAUACGGUCCAUACACAUCAGAGGGUCUGCAGCACAAGUUCGCGCUCAAAUCUGCGUACUCCCAUACGGGAGAGCUAGAGUUCACCAAUUUCACGCCCCAAUUUAAGGGUGUCAUCGAUUAUGUAUGGUAUUCGACCAACACUUUGAGUGUGACUGGACUGCUUUCGAGUGUAGAUAGAGAGUAUAUCUCGAGGACUGUGGGUUUCCCCAACGCGCACCACCCAUCAGAUCACUUGCCGUUGGUUGUAUCGUUGCGAGUAAAGUCCCCCGGCGCUCCAACAACAAGGGUGUUGCGGUUUCAAUAGAAAAAAAGUCUAAACAA